GUGUGUUGCGAGCGUCCUUCGGCAUUCACAUCACGCGCGCCUCCUCCAGCCUUUCUCAGAUUCAUUCCAUAAGAAGAGUCACACACCAUAGAGCAUCACACACACCAUAGAGCAAUAUACACACACAGAGACACCAAAGAGGCUAGCAUUGACCUGUAGGCUUUCUCAUUCUUGGGCUUUGCAAACGGAGGGCAAGAUGGCAAGCAACUUCUACCGAAUCCUGUCGUCCAAACGCAAUGUUGGCAUCCUGUCCUUGGUCGGUGCUGGAUCUAUAACCGGGGCCGUUUUGCUCCGCCGGGAACAUGUCACCGCCAGUGCGCACGUACGAAGAACGUACCCAGCCAGUGCCGAGUACCCGGACCUCCGCCAGCACAACAAUUGCAUGGCCAGUCACCUGACGCCGGCCAUCUACGCCAAGCUGUGUGAUAAGUCCACUCCCAACGGCUACACCCUGGACCAGGCCAUCCAGACCGGGGUGGACAACCCAGGCCACCCCUUCAUCAAGACCGUGGGCAUGGUGGCCGGAGACGAGGAGACCUAUGAGGUAUUUGCUGACCUGUUGGAUCCCAUCAUCAGAGAGAGGCACAAUGGCUACGACUGUCGUACAAUGACCCACCCGACCGACCUGGACUCAAGCAAGCUCCAUUCGGGCCGGUUUGACGAGCGCUAUGUGCUGUCGUCCCGCGUGCGGACGGGCCGCAGCAUCCGGGGGCUGAGCUUGCCCCCCGCCUGCACCCGGGCCGAGCGGCGGGAGGUGGAGCGGGUGACGGUGGACGCCCUGGCCGGCCUCAGCGGGGACCUGGCCGGGAAGUACUACAGCCUCACCCAGAUGACGGACGCGGAGCAGCAGCAGCUCAUCGACGAUCACUUCCUGUUUGACAAGCCCGUGUCCCCCCUGCUGACCUGCGCGGGAAUGGCGCGCGAUUGGCCAGAUGCCCGUGGGAUCUGGCACAACAACGAGAAGACGUUCCUGGUGUGGAUCAAUGAGGAGGAUCACACUAGGGUCAUCUCCAUGGAGAAGGGAGGGAACAUGAAGAGGGUGUUUGAUAGAUUCUGCAGGGGCCUCAAAGAGGUGGAGAGGAUGAUCCAGGAGAAGGGCUGGGAGUUCAUGUGGAACGAGAAGCUGGGCUACAUCCUCACCUGCCCCUCCAACCUGGGCACCGGGCUCCGCGCCGGGGUCCACGUCAACCUACCACGGCUCAGCAAGGAUCCUCGCUUUAGCAAAAUCCUGGACAACCUGCGUCUGCAGAAGCGUGGGACAGGAGGAGUGGACACUGCUGCAGUGGGGAGCACCUUCGACAUCUCCAACCUGGACAGACUGGGGCAGUCUGAGGUCCAGCUGGUGCAGACAGUAGUUGAUGGGGUCAACUACUUAAUCGAGUGUGAGAAGAAACUGGAGAAGGGCCAAGAUAUCAAAGUGCCUGCACCACCCAAAGGGAACUAGACCCCCCCCCCCUCCCCCUUCCCCCCUUCCUGAACAACCCCUCCCCAUAACCCCCCUGGGCCGGACACAUACAUGCACAGAUGCUCCCGGUUUGCGCCCAUAGAUAUUCUACCAUGCCUGCAGCAGUCAUGGUGUCUACCUAUAUUCCUGGCUGAUAUCUGCAUUGCACACCCCUCUGUAAUAUAAUCUAGAUUAUGUUAUAUCUAAAUACAUAUACAGUCUAUCAUUAUAUAUAUAGUGUAUUAUUAAUAUACAGCCAUGCUUCCAACGGAGCGCACCAGACUACUUUUGUCUUGGCAACCAUUCAUACAUUCAGGAUUCAUCAAUCAGCUUUGUGUGCCCCCCCCCCCCCCCCCCCCCCCCCCCCCCCCCCCCCCAGUUGCCUAUAAUCUCUCCUCAAGCAUGAUCUAUACUUUGUGUGUUAUUCAAUGCCCGGUAUUAACUGGACAUACUUAACUUAAAUCUGAAGACAUUUAUAACAUUGUGAUUGUAUAGUUAAAGCUGCUGUAGGUACGAUUUGACCGUUCUUUAAAGAGAGAGGGCAGGGUACAAUGACAAUUAGGGCAUUUAGCAGACGCUUUUAUCCAAAGCGACUUACAUCGGUUAAUACACACAUUGACACACCGACGGCAGAGUCAACCAUGCAAGGCGACAGCCAGCUCGUCAGGAAUGUGUUGUGUUGCAGACAUGCUUGCAGUUCACUUGCAAGAUGGAUUCCAUCUCGCAGGGAAGAGAGGCAGGCAUGGAGCCAACCAGAACAGAUAUUCUCACAAUGCAUUUAACUCAGUGACAGCUGACAGAUGGCGAUGGCAUUUCUUACAAAUUAAAGCUCUUGAAUCUUACCUAUAGCACCUUUAAACCAUUUGUUCGCUGAUCUCCAUUGUGUGGAGUGUGUGUGUGUGUUUUUUGUUACCAUCCAAGGUCGAUCUGGACAGAGCGACCACUAAGACUCAGGGUCAACCGGGAGGUUUAGCAAUGCUCUAACAACAACAAUAACAACAAUAACAUUGACAACAACAACAACAACAACUGGGUCUUAAAAAGUAGUCAUUUUAAAACAAAUGAAGUCAAGCCUACUGGGUUGGACUCACUAUAGGCUAAGGAAGCAAUAUCAUUUCACCUCAACCAUUGAAUGUCUUAAUGUAGCCUGUUUUAUUAAAGAAACCAUCUAUUUAGCAGUA